UUCGCUUUCUGAGCAAACAAAAUGAAAGAGCACCUGCUGAAAAUACUGAUUUUAGGAGAUGGAAACGUUGGGAAGUCUUCAUUUGUGCAUCGCUACGUCAGUGGACAGUUCAACAGAACGUACAAAAUGACUGUAGGAGUGGAUUUCUCUCUUAAGACGCUGCACUGGUCUGACAAAGAAAAGGUCAGAGUUCAACUUUGGGACGUUGCAGGCCAGGAGCGUUUCAUCUCCAUGACCAGAGUUUAUUUUAAAGGGGCGGUGGGCUCCGUGUUGAUGUUUGAUGUCACAGACACAUCAAGCUUCCUCAAGUGUCACCAGUGGAAACAGGACCUGGACAGCAAGGCCACGCUGCCCAAUGGAAGCUCCAUCCCAUGCAUCCUGCUGGCAAACAAGAGCGACCUGUCUGACUGGGCCGUCCCAGUAGACCACAUUGAGUCGUUCUGCAAGGCCCACGGCUUCUUCACAUGGAUGGCAACUUCAGUCAAAGACAACAAGAACAUCGACGAGGCAAUGAGGAGGCUGGUGGAGGAGAUUCUGUCCAUUCAGUCCAGUUUGGACCCGCUGCGGACCAAAACCGAAGACGGUGCUCACCCAGAGCAGGAGUUGCAGCUCAACAACAGUGCAGGGAAGAGUUGCUGCUGACGCAAGAAAGAUUGUCACGGACCAAACAGCAGAAGCAAAAGGAGCAGAGGAAGUGGCCGUGAAUAAUAUUUGGUUGGGAAGGCCUGUAGGUGUGGAUGAGCUGCGGAUGAAAGUGCUUCUCCUCCGACACGCUGACUCAUUCAGACGCAUGACGUCUGCGCGCUAAAACCAGGCGUGUGUGUGGAUCCGCUCUGCUUGCCAGUAAGGUGAAUGAUGAGUAGAUGUUGUUGGGUGUUUGAGAGUCUGUAUCACACAGGCACAUGGAUAUGCAUGUGCCUUAGAGAAGCUUGACUUGCAAUAUUGGAUUUUUCUUUUGUUAUUUUGCAGAGAAAGUGUUUUAUUAUAUUUAUUAUAAUCAGUGCCAAAGAUGAAUUUCAGGUCACACUAAAAUGGACCAAACCAGUUUUAACUCUGACAGACAUGAAAGUUAAAUCUCUUAUGUUAUAUCUUUAUAUAUUGACCAACAUAUUUGAUGUAUAUUAAUGAUUUUGAUGAGAAAAUAUAAUUUUUGUAGCUGUUUUUAUUUUUGUGUUUUUAUAACAUGAAGCAUUUUGAGAUACUUUGCUGCCAAAAUGUGCAUUAAAAAUAAACUUGAUUUAUUGAU